UCUCUGGACUCUAGAGUCUUCUUGCCGCCCCUUUCUCUAGAGUUUUCUCUCGUCUACAAAAACCCUAAUUUGUUAAACCUAAUUUUCAUCUCCAAAUUCAAAUUUCAAAAUCUAAAACCUCUUAAGCCCUGAAAGGAAUCAUAUUGAAAAAGUGAUAAAGAAUGAGUUCAAGUAAUAAUCCAAUUCCUAUAACUGAUGUAAGAUCUGCAGUUGAAGCUGUUUCUGCUGAAGAUGAUUCACAAACACCCCUUCAUCAGAUUGAAAGUCUUUGUAUGCGUUGCCAUGAAAAUGGUAUGACAAGCAUACUAUUAACGCGGAUUCCUAACUUUCGAGAGGUAGUGUUGAUGGCUUUUGAAUGCCUACAUUGUCACGAGAGGAACAACGAGGUUCAGUUUGCUGGUCAGCUCCAACCUAAAGGGUGUUCUUAUUGUCUCAAGGUCCCGGCGGGUGAUCAGAAGAUGCUCAACCGGCAGGUGGUCAAAUCUGAUUCAGCCACCAUCAAGAUACCAGAACUGGAUUUUGAAAUUCCAACAGAAGCUCAACGUGGUACAUUGUCAACGGUUGAGGGCGUAUUGUUGCGAGCUGUCAACGAAUUGGAAGCCCUUCAAGAUGAACGAAAGAGAGUGGAUCCUGAGACAGCUGAAGCUCUAGAUCAUUUUUUAGUGAAAUUGAAUUCCUGUGCAAAGGGAGAUGUAUCCUUCACCUUCAUUCUUGACGAUCCAUCGGGAAACAGCUUCAUCGAGAACCCGUUUGCUCCAUCUGUGGACCCAUCGUUGACCCUUAAGUUUUAUGAGAGGACUGAUGAGCAGCAAGCUAUGUUGGGUUUUGUUGUCGACCCAUCUUCAGAAGGUCAGACUGGAAGUAAUGCAUCACAAGGAGAAAGUAAUGGUCCUGAUGGAACAACAAAAGUGCCACACGGGUCAGUUGGAGCUGUAGCCUUUCAACGGUCUAUCGCUCAGGGUAACAGUGAGAAUUUUGCUGCAUCCUUAUUUAGGUAUUCAACACCAGAUGAGGUAAUGACAUUUCCAUCGACUUGCGGAUCUUGUGCUAUCCCUUGUGAAACCCGAAUGUUUGUCUUCAAUAUCCCAUACUUCCAACAAGUGAUCAUCAUGGCAUCAACUUGUGACGGUUGCGGUUACCGAAAUUCAGAGCUGAAAGCUGGUGGCCACGUCCCUGAAAAAGGAAAGAAGAUAACAGUUCUUGUUAAGAACCAGGCUGACCUAAGCCGUGACGUGAUAAAGUCGGAUCAUGCAAGUGUGUCUGUGCCAGAGCUUGACUUGGAGUUGGGAUGUGGCACAUUAGGUGGACUUGUGACAACAAUCGAAGGAUUGAUAACAAAAAUUUGUGAAAAUCUUGACUGUGUACAGGGAUUUAGCUGUGGUGGCGAUAGUUCUGAUCCAUGGACAAAAACCAAGUGGCAAGAAUUUAGUGAAAGGCUACGCAAGCUUCUGAAUGUGGAGGAGCCUUGGACUUUAAUCCUUGAUGAUGGGUUGGCACGAUCAUUUGUAUCGCCAGUUACAGAGGUCAUUGAAGAUGAUCAUCAGCUAAUCUUUGAGGAGUACGAGAGAACAUGGGCACAAAAUGAAGAGUUAGGCCUGAAUGAUAUAGAUACUUCGUUAGCCGAUAUGUAUUACGACAAUAAUCCUACUACUACUGCUACCAACGCCCCAUCAAAGAUAAACUAAGAUCGGUCGUGCUCAUUGAAGUAUCUUCUUGUUGCAUAGUUGGAAAAAGCCCUUGCAUUUUUGAUCAGCAACUGGCUUUGUAGUGCUUGUGAUAGUUUUAUAUUUUCUGCUUAAGCUGUUUACGAAUGUAUUCAUCACCGAGCAGUAUCUGUAACAUGUUAGUUUAAUAUUACGUUUCUGUUUUUUCUCAGAUCGAGGUACAGCCAAUAUAAACAAAUAUUACUCAGGGAAGCUUUCCCAUUGUUCACUGCAGCCACAUGAAGAAAAUUUCCUUCAUUGUGUACUA